AGUACCCCUGCUUGUCGUGCAUGCUUCUGUCAAUCGAUGGUGUUUUGUUGCUGUCCAAUCGAAAAUUUCUGAAAAUCCCUUCGGCUCUCUCAAAUUUCAAUUGUGGCGAAAGUCUGAAAUAACAACAAUGGACGACAACAAGGCCCCCGCCCUCUGGGACGCCAAAUGUGAAGCACCGAAAGGCCUGCGUCCUCCAAACGCACCGCCGACUCGCCUCCUCGAAGACACGAAAACGUCGGAAAAACCGUUCAAGUCCAGUUUAUCGGCGGACGCACCUGAAUUCAUACCCGCGUCCAUGAAAAGUAGUGCUACAACACAAUCAAGUGGUGUUCAAGACAGAUUGAAAAAGUUCAAAGUGGUGGAGAAUUCGGGAGGAAAUGACAGUGAGUUUGUGGGGUCUCCCGACGAUAUCCGCUUGAAACACCUCAUUGACACUUUGACCAAAGAUCCAGGACAGUUUAGUGACUUGUUGGACAUAUUUAUGGACACUUUAUCGCCGUAUUUUGGUGAUAUUUUUGUUCUGACACGAGCUGCGCAACUUCUAGUCGAACAAGCGAUUGUGUAUCCAAGUUUUAGAUACACAGCAGCAAGGUUGUGUUGUUUUAUUGAACAGUGUUGUCCUGAAUUUCGAGCUGAAUUGCAUUUAACUUGUCAGAAGCAAUUGAAAGUUCACACGAAUAAGUCGGGGCUGCUUUUGUUUGUUGCCGAGUUGUAUACACAACUUCACCAUGAAAAUAUCUACGGGGGUUAUUUGAUAGACGCUUACAAACAUUUACUUGCAGUGGGGGGCAAUGAUAACGUUAAAUCUAUCUGUCAAGCACUAAAAUUGACGGGAUAUUCAUUAGAAUUGUACGACAAAAAAGCCCUCGAUGAAGUUUUUGAAAAAUUAAAUGAAGUCAAACCCACCGUAACUGGAACUGCGUUAAGUCUAAUUAAUUCAGUCGUAAAUCUGAGGAGUUCGCAAUGGGGGCACAACAGUCCGACAAAUUCUAGUUCAAACUCUGAGCCUGAAAAUACCUACUGGAGUGACACCUCACACACUGUGUUUUACAGUUCAGACGGUUCGAAAUUUACGUCGGAAGAGAAUGAUUUUCUCGCGGCAAAUAUGAAUUCAACUGAGGAAUAUUUAACGGACUUGUCCGAUCCAGACGAGUUAUGUGAUCCAGAACCAGAAAUGGACGAGGAAAUUCAAGCAGCAUUUAAAGAUUUCGUAAAAUUGAGUAAACGAUAGUUUGACUCUCUUCCACAAUUAAUAAAUUAACUGAAAAAUUAAGGACGUAAGUUUAAAAUUAGCUCCCUGUAAAUAAUUAAAAAAACACACAAAAAAAUGUCUAUUGUAGUUAUAAGGAGAAACCAAAAAGCCUUAAUUAUAAAAACGCUUAAGUUAUUAUUAAUUUAGAAUCCAACAACGUUACGUUUUUAUAAAUAAGGUUAUUUGCUAUUUUUGGAACGUAUUGGACAUGUUACGCUCGAAUAUUUAUAUAUUCAUGACCUAACGUCUGUUUUAAAAUGUCUCUGCUGCAUUUUGAAACUGUGACUAGGGUAAAAUUUGUGCAGAUUAGAUUCAUACUCAUGGGUUGUAAAUAUUAUGUUGCUUUAAUGUCGUAACUGGUUUACUUUGAACGAAAAAAUAGUCACUCCAUCUCAAUGCAAUACCCCGUCGCUACUUUUUGUGAAAUUAAUAAAGUGUAUGUUAAUUUGAUAA